CAACUUUCAGACACGAAAACUGAUGGGUGUGAUCAAUGUUCAGGGCUCUCCAUCGUUCUCUAUUCAUUCUUCAGAGUCAAAUCUUCGAAAGUCUCGAGCUUUGAAGAAACCCUUUUGCUCAAUCCGGAAUAGGGUUUAUUGUGCUCAGUCUUCAAGUGCAGCUGUAGACGAAUCCAAGAAUAUAACUAUGGGAGACUCUUUUAUCCGUCCACAUUUGAGACAAUUGGCUGCUUAUCAGCCAAUUUUACCCUUUGAGGUAUUGUCUGCUCAAUUAGGAAGAAAGCCUGAGGAUAUUGUCAAGUUAGAUGCUAAUGAGAACCCAUAUGGUCCUCCUCCAGAGGCAAGUCUAUAUCUUUCUUUCACUCAUUCAUAGAUAUGUUGAUGACUGGAAAAAGGAUAAUUUUGUUAGUUAGUUAGUUGUCCUCUCUAACUUCAGGUUUCAGAAGCUCUGUGUAGGUUUUUGAAGCAUUAGGCAAUAUGAAAUUCCCUUACGUUUAUCCUGAUCCACAAAGUCGUAGACUUCGUGAUGCACUGGCUCAAGACUCUGGUUUGGAGUCUGAAUACAUACUUGUAGGCUGUGGUGCUGACGAACUUAUUGAUUUGAUCAUGAGAUGCGUGUUAGAUCCUGGGGAGAAGAUUAUAGAUUGUCCUCCAACUUUCUCAAUGUAUGUGUUUGAUGCGGCUGUGAAUGGAGCAGGUGUCAUUAAAGUUCCAAGAAACCCCGAUUUCAGCUUGAAUGUAGACCGCAUCGCUGAAGUUGUAGAACUAGAAAAACCCAAAUGCAUAUUCCUAACUUCUCCCAACAAUCCAGAUGGGAGUAUCAUCAGCGAGGACGAUCUGUUGAAGAUUCUAGAAAUGCCAAUACUUGUUGUUCUAGAUGAAGCUUACAUCGAAUUCUCAGGAGUUGAAUCACGCAUGAAAUGGGUGAAGAAGUAUGAAAACCUUAUCGUUCUCCGCACAUUUAGCAAACGAGCUGGUUUAGCCGGGCUUCGAGUUGGAUAUGGAGCGUUUCCGUUGAGUAUAAUCGAAUACCUGUGGAGAGCAAAGCAACCAUACAAUGUCUCUGUUGCAGGGGAAGUAGCUGCUUUAGCAGCACUCUCAAACGGGAAAUACUUAGAAGAUGUGAGAGACGCCUUGGUACGGGAAAGAGAGAGACUGUUCGGGCUAUUAAAAGAAGUUCCUUUCUUGAAUCCAUAUCCGAGCUAUUCGAAUUUCAUUCUCUGUGAGGUUACAUCUGGAAUGGAUGCAAAGAAGCUGAAAGAGGAUUUGGCGAAAAUGGGUGUGAUGGUUCGUCAUUACAACAGUCAAGAGCUUAAAGGUUAUGUUCGAGUUUCUGCUGGAAAGCCUGAACAUACUGAUGUUCUCAUGGAGUGUCUUAAGCAAUUUUAUUGACUUCCCCAUUUGUUUGGGAAUUCUUAAAACAGCGACACAAAAAAAAAACUGAUUUUUUUUUCCUCCUUUUUUGUUUGUUUUCACUUGUUGGAUUCAGUGUUUGACCAAAAAAAAAAGGAUUCAUUGUUUUUGUUUCAGUUAACAAGGAGAAGCUUUUGUUGUAUUGU